AUGUUGUAUUUUCUCUGUAAAACUAUUCUCCAUAGGAGAAAUGGAUACUCAAUUACAGCUCAAAACCCAUCAAUACCAUUAUCAUCAUUCCUUAGAUACUUGUCUAGCGAUGCAAAUCAACUCUCGUUUACUGUUUCUUACCUCAUAAACACAUGUGGGUUGUCCCCGGAAUCCGCUUUGUCGACUUCUAAAUAUUGUCGACUUAAGACUCCAGAGAAGUCUGACUUAGUCCUAUCCAUUUUCAAGAACCUUGGAUUUAAAAAACACCAGAUCUCUUACAUUAUCGUAAGGUGGCCACUUAUGCUGUUAUCCAAACCCGAGAGAACUAUUAUCCCAAAAUUUGAGUUUUUUCGCUCUAAAGGUGCUUCAAACUCUGAUCUUGUAAGAAUCUUCGGUUGCUGCCCUUGGGUCUUUAAAAGGAGUUUAGAAAAGCACUUGGUUCCUUCUUUUAAUUUCUUUAGAGAUUUGCUCAAAUCUGACGAGAAAACCCUUGCAGCCAUUAAACGUUGUCCUUCUAUUUUGCUUCGUCGUCUUGAAGAUCAGGUGAUACCUGCUAUCGAUAUUUUGCGAGAAAACGGAGUGCCUGAAGCAAAUAUUUUGCACUUGAUUCAUUAUCACCCUUUGAAGCUUCAAAAGAAUCCGGAUAAAUUUAAGAAGACUGUGGAUGAAGUGAGAGAGAUGGGAUUCCGUCCUUCGAAGUUGCAUUUUGUUAUAGCAGUCAUGGUAUUGGCAGGAUUGAGAAAAUCCAAAUGGGAAAGUAAGGUUGAUGCUUAUAAGAGGUGGGGUUGGUCUAACGAAGAUGUUAUUACAGCUUUUGGAAAAUAUCCACUUUGUAUGACAAUUUCGGAGGAUAAGAUUAUGGCAGUAAUGGAUUUCUAUGUUAACAAAUUGGGUUUAGACUCUUCUGUCAUUGCCAAUCGACCGGUGCUGCUUUCACUAAGUUUGAAGAAAAGGCUUGUUCCAAGAGGUUCACUUAUUCAAUUUAUGUCAUCAAAAGGUUUGGUUAAAAUAGAUUCUCAUAUUACUGUACUUUGUGAGCGUCCAGAGAAAUUUUUUAUGGAAAAGUUCGUGGAUCGUUACAAGGAAGCUCCUCAGUUGUUGAAACUAUACAAUGAGUUGAAACAGCAAGGUGAGCAACAACAAGAAAUAAAGAGAUGA